AUGUCAAGGAGUUUCCUCGCAUACCACCGAUGCCGCCCUCUCAUCCUCCCUGCGGUUCUGCUCAUCGCCUCUCCCGCUCGCGGGUUUCUCGCCCCCAGCAGGAUCAUCGUGCAGCGGGCAAACCUUCCUAGCCCUACCUCCAGAGGACAGAGCUCCCUGUGGAGGAGCCCGAGCCCUGCCCUGCCGAUGAUGAGAAGCGGAGACGGGAGCAAGCGCGGGCUAACCUCCUCGGCAGCAGCAGUCGCCGCAGCCGUCUCGGCCUUGGUCGCCCGCCCGGAAGUCGCGUCUGCAGUGGAGCAAGCAGCGCAGGGAACUGGCUUGCAGGACGCUCUGGACGAGGGGCCCAUGAAGAGGUUCUCUCUGUUCGGGAUGCCGAUGAAGCCCGGGGAGCCGCAGGACUUGUUCAAGAUCGAGCGACUGAACGAGAGGCUCGAGAACUUUCAGUAUUCAUUCGAGAAGGCAGACAGCGGGAGGAGGAGUGCGUUGAUCAGCAAGAAGAGGAAGGAGUUCGAGAGGAACUACGGCAUUCAGAUCGGAAGUUUGACGGACAAGCAGGCAAACUUUCUUCCACGUGCGGCUCAAAUUUUUCUGUUUCAGAUUGAAUCGAUCAUCAUGGCUGAGAAACGAUACAGAGAGAUUGACGAGCGCCUUCUCGACGAGGUCGACAAGAACUCACAGGAGCUCCGAUCCCUCGCAGUUUCCCUCGGCGCUGCUGCUCCUGGCGCGGCGACUGGCAACGAGACGCAGGGCGGCAUUAUGAAGAUGAUGGACUCGAUGACGAACAGGAGGAAGCUGAAGGCUGUUGAGAAGAAACUCACCAAGUUGACGUCUGCAAGACUGUCGAACGAGCUCUCCUACAUCUCUGCUGUUGGCUCGCAGCUGGACAAAAACCAGAAGGAGAAGCUCGAGAGUCUCCUCAAGUCGCGCAGAGGCCCAGGGUUCUCCGACAAGGACUCCUUCCUCUCCUUCGUUCCCGCCAAGGACGGUCAAGCUUCUCAUGACGCCAGGCAUGUCUACGUCCUCUCCUUCCCGGGGGAUGUCACCGCAUCUCAAGUUGCUGGGCUGAGACAGGAGGUGACUGCCAUCAGUCGCUACGCCAACGUCUCGCGAGGAGAUGAAGUAGUUCUCAUCCUCAACAGUGGUGGAGGAACCGUGACGGGGUGA